CACGCUUCUCUAUUCUUACUGGAUUGUUAGAUUGCUUUGGAUUGUUUCCUCGGGACGUUCACAACAAGGUUAAAAUAUCAAACACAUCUCAUGACAGCAAUCCAAAGCGAGUGGGGUUUAUCAGGGGGGACCUGGAGCAUUCAUUUCCCCACCCAUUUACCCCUUCACCCCUUGUUUAUAUGUUAAAACCUGAGGAAUUCAGCUCUGUGGAAAAAAGCGUCUGGUGAUGGUGCAGUGUUGUGGUUUGCGAUUGCUGGUUCCCAGCUUCGGCGGAAAUGUAGAUGCAUGAAUAGUUAUCGAAUCGAAUUUGUGCCGUUGCGUUUGUAUUUAGUUGAUAUUUGAAUCAACACAACAGCGUUAGCUGCCCUGGACAAAAUGAGCAGAAACCAUCAUCAUUUUAAAGGAGCAGAGGUCAGCUGCUGUGUUAAAUACUUCUUAUUCGGAUUCAACAUCAUAUUUUGGUUGCUGGGAGCUGCAUUCCUGGGUAUUGCACUUUGGGCUUGGGCAGAAAAGGCAAUGCUGUCAAACAUUUCCUCCAUCACAGAUCUGGGCGGCUUCGACCCUGUUUGGCUGUUUAUCGUAGUAGGAGGGGUGAUGUUCAUCCUCGGAUUUGCCGGAUGCAUCGGUGCGCUCCGGGAAAACACGUUUCUGCUCAAAUUUUUUUCAGUGUUUUUGGGCCUCAUCUUUUUCCUGGAGCUCACAGCUGGCAUUUUAGCCUUCGUGUUCAAAGACUGGAUCAAAGACCAGCUGAACUUCUUCAUCAACAACAAUGUUAAAGCAUAUCGGGAUGACAUUGACCUCCAGAACCUCAUUGACUUUGCUCAAGAAUAUUGGUCGUGUUGUGGUGCUCAUGGACCGAAUGACUGGAAUCUGAACAUCUAUUUCAACUGCACUGACUUUAACCCCAGCCGGGAAAGCUGUGGCGUUCCUUUCUCCUGUUGCGUCAAAGACCCUGCUAAGGAUGUCCUGAAUACACAGUGUGGCUAUGAUGUGCGGCAUCAAGGAGAGUUGGAUCAGCAGAAGUACAUUUACACCAAGGGCUGCGUGGGACAGUUUGAAAAGUGGCUGCAGGACAAUCUGAUCAUUGUUGCUGGGAUUUUUGUGGGGAUUGCAUUAUUACAGAUUUUUGGGAUAUGUCUGGCUCAGAACUUGGUGAGUGACAUCAGAGCAGUCAAAGCUAACUGGUGACCCUUUGCAGAGGGCGACAGCUGACGGUGACCUCUGUGAUUAUGGCAGAGCUAAUUGCAAAUCAGCACUGUUUACACACCAUUGAGCUGGGAAAUUUUGCCCUUUUAACCCCACGGACGUUGUAUGUUGGCUGACUUUACAAAAUGGACUUUCCAUCUAUGUUUUUUUUCUUUUUUGUGGUUCCUUAUCUGAAAGCAAGCUCUUAUGGAGGGUAUCCAGAUGGAGCUUAAUGUGAGAUGUCACACCGAGAUCAAGCUAUCUGCGAUCUUGCAGCUGUCUCUUGAUCGAACACUAUUUCCGUUUGCCCUUAUUAAAAACAUUCACCAGACUCUCCUUCGCGUUGGUGAAUUAAUGUCAAGCAGAGGGUGUUUUCAUUAACCUGUGGAUGACUUGCUUUGGAGAAACACACAAUUCAACCACUGAGACUUUAAACAGAGGAGCCAUGAACUAAACGAAGCCUUACAGCAGUGCAUUUCUCUAUAGACUUGUGUGGAUUCAGCUUUUUACACCACAUUCUGUCUGUCAGUCAUUCGAGCCAAUGGACAGUUGGACUCUUACCUCUGAUUGGCUCUCUGUUGCACAGGGUAGCCACUCAGUACAACGUACUUGAUAAUUACACGUAUGCAUUUAUUUUUCCAUUGCAUUUAUAGUUCCACCACUUGUUGGGGAGGUGGAGAAAUGGUCUGUAUAGUUAUAUUUUAUUCUCAUUUUCUCUUGGUUUUUUUGGUCGUCUUCUGUGAGUAUGAAUCGACUUGACCGCUGUCCCAGACUUGCUUAUGAAUCUCUUUGUUUUCGCUACUCUGCUAGAUAGUGAUAUGCUAUAGUGACACUAAAAAUGUAUUAUUCUAAAUAUGCUGCUGCUUUAACUCAAAGAAGAUAUUCAUCGCUAUACUAACCAACUGAACUUUUUAUAGAAAUCAUGAGGUAUACAUUCCUCUGGGAAACUUCAGAUCACGCAGAGUGCUUUGCGAAAUGAAUCUGACGUGUGUGCACAUGAAGUGGACAGAUUGAAUUAGCCUUGCGUAUGAUCACAUGCCUUAUUGAGCCCUAUAGAGAUGCUAUAGCCGAAGCCUCCGGCAGUUACGCAGCACAUGGACCAGUUUAGAAUGGCUUUAUUUACUGUUCAGUCUCUCUUGCUUUGCGCCACAUGCAUGCAAUCGUCUAUAAAAAAAAAAGCAUGGCAAUGCAGACCUCUUUAAACGCAUGCACACGUGUUGUGUGGAUGUGUGUCCAUUCCAUUAUGACUACCAUACCAGUGCGUGUUCAGAAGAUGUCUGCAUUGAGUCAUGACCUUAAAGCUAAUAAUGUGCAAAGUAAGACAAAUGACGUACUGUGUGUGUAGAACGUGCUCGGAUGGUUUUAGCAGUGUCGGCAGACUGAACUGAAUCGUCUGUUUAAAAAGAUCUACUGUGUUUCAAGGGUCUAUAUAACCUGUGUUGUCAGAGCGAAUAGUAAAAUGUGAGAUUUCUCUUCUGUGGUCUUUUUGGGAGAUUUGGGAGAGGGUUGCUGAGCUGACUCCUGCCUGUGUAUAUUAGAGGCAAUUUUUUUUAUGCAGAUACAAGACAAGAUUAUAUGCUAAAUGAUGUUUAGCCCCCUUUUUGUGGACCUAAAUGGAUGACCCUCGUGAAAGCCUAUCAAGAACAUGUCUAGGUUGCAUUUCUGUAUCAUAUCAUCACAAUGAUAAAAAAAAGGUAUAUUAUUUAAAUAAUGGAGUAUUUAUAUGCAUAAUGAUCAUUUUUGUUGAACUGCCUUUGUUGAUGUUAAUAAUGUAUUAAAUGACAAGAAGCUAAUUUAACGAUCGAUUAAAAUAAUCCAAAAGUAAAAAGUCCAGAGGCAAUGUGGUAAUGAGAAUCUAGGAGGAAAAUGUGUAACUGUCAUGAAAACAUGAAUGUAUGUAUUCUUGGGUGAAAUGCAGCCUGGACAUGUUUUUAUUUGAGAUUGACACAAAUAUGUUAAUAAUCUCUCCCCCUCUCCUUUUCUUUGUCAUGCAAUUAUGUCCUUUUUGUGUCUUUUUCUUUUAUUAUUUGGCUUUUUUUUCUAAACCGAGAACUCUAACAUUCCCUUUUGAGGGAGCCUCUUGCAUAUCAUGAAUGUAAACAUCAUCUUUUACUAAUGUUAUGUUAUAUAUAACUUAUCCUUCAAAGUGCAAUGCACAAUAUGUGAAUAAAAUUAAUGUUUGUCUGACUGUAGGCACACAACUGAAAAACAUGGCAAA